ACUCACACACACAAGCCCGAAUGAAUCAGGACGGACUCAAGGAUUUUGAUCCAUCUCAGUUAUGCGAAUCUUUUGUAUCAUUGUACUCUUUUUCUCUUUGGUUCGUUUCUGCAGGUUACAUCGUUACGCUAAUAGGACAAGCGAACUUUUUGAGUUACGAGUCAAUGAAUCAUUCACUCUUUUUUUAAUUCCCCGAAUCAUGAACGAAACGAGUCUUGUUAUCAUAUAUUCAUUCCGUCUUUUUCACUGCGUGGUAGAGGCUUUUACACUGACAAAGCAUUUGCACACAAUAAAGAACAAAAGUUUGAUCAAAUAAUAGCAUUGAGAAAGAAAACACUCAGUGAAGCUCCGAGUCACAUUCAAGACUCCGAACAAGCGAGUCGUUCUGUGAAGGGGCGGUUCGUUUGGUAGGUCAAGCCAAUGAAAUGCGCCUCCAAAGACCACACUCGAAAUCUUAUUGGCUCUUGCUGCUGUCAGUAUUUAGAAAAACAGACGAGUCAAUACAUGAAAGUUCACAAGCUAUAAAAGAUUCAGUCGCUGCUGCUGUGCGCGAUCAGUGUAGUAUAUGUGUCAGUGAAAGGUCUGUCGGCCGUGGCGUGUUCUCUGCUGGACUGAAGGACUUGUUGAUGUUGAGUUGGCGUUUUGGAUGAUGAGUCGAGGAGAGUCUAGACAUUUUAACGAAAAAAGGAUUUAAACUCAAGUGCUGUUGAUAGAGUGCCAUGACUGUACGCAGAGUGAAUGUGGUCAUUCUUGUGCUACUUGUCAUCGCCUUUUUAAUUAUAUUGCAUCGCAACCUGCUGAAUCUCAAUGAUUUCCUCAAGCAAGAGAGCUCCGCAGACACAGUGCCUGGGAUGGUCCUGCCCUUUGAGACGGACUUCCUGUUGGGUCAUAAGGUCAUCAGGACAGGAGAUGAGAUUCCUGUGGUCAUCACCGCUCCAGAGGAGAGACUGGGAGCUGCCGUCACUGCCAUGAACAGCAUCUACCGCAACAGCAAAGCCAAUGUAGUAUUCAAUAUAGUGACACUAAAUGAGUCCGUGGUCCAUCUCAGAACAUGGUUGAGUAAGACUGACAUGAAACACAGAGUGAUCAUAUUUGAUCCGAAGAUCCUCACAGGAAAGAUUUCUAAUGAUCCUCAGAAGUUGGAGGCGGUGAAGCCGUUGAACUUUGCCCGAUUCUUCUUGCCGGUUUUCUUGCCGGAUACAGAGAAAGUUAUUUACCUGGAUGAUGACGUAAUUGUACAAGGAGACAUCCGAGAGCUUUUCGACACCAGUAUUAAGGUGGGACAUGCGGCAGCUUUCUCCGAGGACUGUGACUCUGCGUCCUUUAAAGGCAUCGCCAGAGGAGCUGGAAAUCAGAACAGCUAUAUUGGUUUUCUGGACUUCAAAAAAGAGGCGAUCAAGAAGCUUGGCAUGAGAGCGAACACUUGCUCGUUCAAUCCUGGAGUCUUUGUGGCCAAUUUAACCGAGUGGAAGCAGCAGAAUAUCACCAGCCAGCUUGAGUUCUGGAUGGAGCGCAACGCCAAGGAGGAUCUUUACAGUAAGACUUUAGCAGACAGCAUCACAACGCCGCCUAUGCUUAUUGUAUUCUACAAGCACCACUCGAACAUUGAUCCAAUGUGGCACGUCCGACACCUAGGGGUGACAGGAGCCGGGAAUCGGUAUUCACCUCAGUUUGUGAAGGCUGCCAAACUUCUCCAUUGGAACGGACAUUAUAAGCCAUGGGGAAGAGCCUCCGCUUUUUCUGACAUUUGGGACAAAUGGUUCAUUCCAGAUCCCACAGGUAAAUUCCACCCAAUCCGGAGACUCGCCGUGGAAAAAUAAACCCUGGUUUGGGAAACACUGAUGCAGAUAUUUGACUUUGUUUGGGGAUGUUAAAAGGAUGUCUGGAUGCAAAAUAUGGGUUCUUCAUGAAACCUAAGAGUACCCAAGUAACUGGACCAACAUUGGAACAGAACAACAGCCAAUAGGCAACAUCUGACACCAGUGCACUACCUCAACACUCACUGUCUAAUUCCUAAGUAAUAACACUAAACCAUUUAUGGUGCAGCUUUUAAAAUCUUCAUUUUGUAUGUUACAUCCAUGCAAGUGUUCAGAAGUUUUUUUUUUUUUUUUUUUAAAGCGGUAUGUUCUCAAAUACUGUUGGGUGAAAUUAUGGACCCCCCUUUUUUUUUAUUUUUAGUAUUUUAGAUUUUAGGCUUGAGACAAAAACCUGUGACAAUGAACAUUUCAGAAUAUCUGUUUUUGACACUACAGGAACCACUUUCCCCUUGUGUUGUGUUCAGUGUUGUUACAUUUUUAUGGAUGCAUGUUUAUUUUUCCUCCCUCUCACUCUUUCUCUACAUAUCGGCUGUUACUCACCAUUGUCCUCAACUGGAAGGGUAAAAUGUCAAUGUGUACAUAAAGAAAAGUGUUACAACAAAUUAUUGAAUAAAGCUCAGUAUAAGUUUUGUGUGCAA